CAGAAAAGAAUUUCCUCUCUGGCUAUAUCGAGUGAUUCAUAUAACGCGCGCAAUAAUAUAGAAAUAUGGCGGCCAUCGAAGUAUCUUCGUAAUAUCGAUUCUCGACCUAACCUCACUUCAGUCUCCGCUAGGUGCGCACAGAGUUAGUGUCGCUUUGUAGUGGUAGAGGAAACGAAGUAACUGAGAGUAAGACAGAGCGACGGACAGGUGUUUUUUGCGCUGUUAAAAAUUUCUUUUUCGAAAGUUCGGGACUCCUGUAAAACUACAAAGAUCAUCUGUAAUAUCUGUAAAUAGAACGGUUCUAUUACGAGUUGACUUGUUUAAUCUAGAAGCGCGCACGCGCCGCUUUCCCCUCGCUCUCACAAUAUACUCCGCGCGUAACCGCCGCCAUAGUUGAUAUUUCUCCGAUAGAAUAUUAAUAGCAGCAGUAAGUUUUCGCGGUUAAACGUAUUUUUAUUUACUUGACUGAGGAAAACAAGAAUGCGUUCGACGAGGGCGGUGAGACGAGGUCGUUCAAGAUAAAGCCUGGGAUCCGUAGGAAGAAGGAGGGUGUCUACUUUCACAGCUCGUGGUUUUUAGGAGAGUGGCCUGGCAUCACGGCGCUUCGAGUUAACGUGUGGCCACCGUCGGGUGGCUAUGUACCGUUAGCUCGAAUUCAUUCCCCGUUGGCCGGCCCAAGACCCACGCUUACCUACCGACCGGGGGCCAUACUCGAUCGAGCUCGACUGUCGUAUACCCGGAAAUGAGUGCGCGUCGUGGCUUGUGCCGUUAACGCAGGAAGACUGCCAGUAGUGCGCGAAUUUAUCACGAGUCACGACUCGUCACGAUCAUCUUGAAAGACCCACGUACAAUUUCGACGUACGUCUCUCUUUUUCUCUCUUUCUGUCUCUUUCUCUCUUUCUCUUUCGUAUGACGUGUGCACCGUAAGCAAAGUAGCCGUGGCUAGCCAAGAGAGCCGUGGCACAGCGGCGAAUGUAUACGUAGAAAUGAGAAAGUUGCUGCCGCCACGGUGAAGAUUGAGAACGACGCAGGCGAGCCAGCCAGGCGGACGGUCUCUGUACUACGCGAAGCUUCCGACGCGGCGACAGUAGUAGCAGUACAACGUUUGGAGUGCACAAGGGAGAGACACAGCUGCUUGUGGGUGAGUAGGACACGCAUUUUCCUCGUGGAUGAUGAUCGUCUUGUUCUACCCAGGUAACUCGCGUGCACCUAUAUACGUGUGUUUCCGUACGGUAAACUAAAGGUACGAGUCGGAGGAAUCCGCGGACGGAUGCCGCCCCACGAAUCUUUACGCGUUUUACUCCUAAUGCGAAACGUGCACGAGAAACCGCGAAACGGUGGCCACAGAGCACCCACCCCAAGACACUAAAAUCGUCGCGGGGCCCUCGUCGUGGCUCACGGCUUGGCUCGAGCUGGCUUUGGUGGGGUGGUUGGAGGUGCGGACAGUGGUUGAGAGGCUGGUGGGGUUGGAAAUUGCGUGGUGGUGGGUGCCCACCGAGGUCUCGGAGGCCCCUCCGUGGCAUCUCGCUGCCUCUAACCCGUCGAGGUGGGGGUGUAAACAACAGCCCUGCCUGUGCCUCUGUUGGCUCUACUCUGUCCUCCGUUUCGCCUCUGCCCUGCUCUCGCCUCUGCCAACUCGCCCGAUCUUUUUCCUACUUCCUCUCCACGUAACGUCUCCCGAUGCGCGAUCGAAAGAGCACUGAAGGGAGGGAGAGACGCAGGGCGAAAGGGAGAAGAGAGGGAAUAACCAUCGAGAGAACAAAGCAUCGGGCUUCGCGGACCUGUGCUAUUUUCUCGCGUCACCGUGUACUCAAUUCCAUCAUGGCCGAUGUAUCACCGAAUCUGCUGACGUGGUAACCUUGUCCAUCAGUUUACCUAACAGCCGCGGCGCCGUCUAUAUGCGCGCGCGCGCACUUGCCUUCGAUGUUUACACAACUGCGAUGUUGCCUUAACUACACCCGUUCAACGUUAGAUAUAGAGUACCCGUCGUAAUCUGUAUCGUAUAUAGCGUAUCUUUCUCUCUCUCUCUAUUACAGUUUUACCCUAUCUUAUUACUUGUGUGCGAAAUUUACGUAUUUUCCUUAGCCUGGGUGCUAGUAAGAAAGCAUAUCUGAUUGCACAAUGCCCGAGAGCCGUUCCAUUCAACGUACGCUGCCCCCGAUAUCAUACGAGACACUAGAAUUCCUCUAGAAACCGCGAAUGCUCAGACAUGCUCUCUUCGAUACGUGUACGCGAGGGAGACGGUUAUGUAGUGUGAGAGAGAUAUGUUGAACCUUAAGAGAAUCGGCGCCAUUACGACAUGCGCGUCUUGCAAAAGCGUCCAACAACGCAACAUGAUCGAUGUACAGACAUGAUGUAUUCUUGACUUUACUUCGGAAUAUGUCUGCUGAAGGAACGUUACGGGAUUAGAGAAUAUCUGUGAAUUCUAUGAAAACACGGAAUAUGUUUUGAAACAGUUUCAAGUAUCGAAGGUCGAUGAACUUCGACAGCAAUACUCAUACGUCAAAAUUUAAUUAUCGUGAAAGAUGAAUUUCACGCCCUUCCCUGGGUUCACAACAGGCUCGCUACCGACGGGCACAGUUCAUCAGUUCGCAACCGCUAAAUUCGCGCAAAACCUACCCACUGGUGGUCAGGUGGUUGGCGUUUUAUCCGGUGGCGAAGGUGGGGUUCAUUAUCUGAGGCCGGUCGAUCCGAACGGGUUCGCGGUGGCUCAAGGGGGCAACAAUCAGCAGCAGCAAAUUAUCACGCUGCCAAUUACCGUACCUGGAAAAGAUGGCACGCAACAGCAGCAAACCGUCCAAAUCCAGGUGGUCAAUCCCAGCGUUUCGCAAAGUGGAAACAGCGGUGAUCAGCCCAAAUAUCAUUUGGCUCCAAUAUCUUUGGGACAGUUCCCCCAAGGUGCCGCAACAGUUCUUACCGUUGCAUAUAGUCAACAAGGCGCAGAUGGGGUACAAAUUCAAGUUCAACCACAAAACACCGUGGCUACGACGCAAACGUCUGAUCAAACAACCCAAAGUACAUCCACAGCAGUCACUACUACAUCCCAACAAACCAUUCAACAGACAGUGCAGCUACCAGGGGCACCUGAAGGAUUAACCGUCGUCGCACAGAUUCCACAAGAUUUAAUUUUACGCGAAGGUAUGGAAGAGUCGAAGGAAGAUGUGAAGGAAGGUACGACACCGGUCGCUCUCAUUAAGAGAGGUAACAUUAAGAAUCAAGGGAAUCAGAGCGGAGAGGAAUAUAUUACAUCUAUGCCUGCGAGUUGGCAAAGUCUGGCAACCCCAGGGUCAACUGUGGCUGAUUAUCUCUCUAGAUUGCCUGCUAGUACCUUGCCUCUUAGUUUGCAGCACUUCUUGAAAUUUUCGGCAGAAACGAUAAAGAGAGAAGCCACUAUCGAGUCGAGUCCUCUAGGAGCUGAUGGCUUAGACGCAUCUGGAAGCACUGCGUCCGGUGAACAAGCAGUACAGAUUACCGUGGCAAGCGGUGAAACCGCUAUUAUUCCCGAUGUCGUUGAGGAACAAGAAUCUGGUACAAAACCUAAGAGAAAAAAGAAAUAUAAGAAAAAGCCUCCAAAGCCAAAAAAGCCAAAACCAGGUCAAGUGAGCAUAGUUACUGCUCUUGAUGGGACAACACUGUUCUGUUGUCCUCAAUGUAACAUGGCUUAUCCUGAAAAGGAACUCUUGGAACAGCAUCUUAUCGGGCAUAAAAUAGAAAGAAGGUUUAUUUGUGACAUUUGUGGUGCAGGUUUGAAACGUAAAGAACAUUUAGAACGGCACAAAUUGGGUCAUAAUCCGGAUAGACCUUUUAUUUGUUCAGUUUGCAUGAAAGGCUUCAAACGAAAAGAGCACUUGAAUCUUCAUUUUGUUAUACAUUCUGGACAGAAAACAGAGGUUUGCAGUGAAUGCGGUAAAGCAUUCUAUCGCAAAGAUCACUUGAGAAAACAUGCCAGAUCCCAUUUGGCAAAACGUAUCAAAGAAGAUCCUUCGAAUAUUGCUGAUACUUCCCAAAAUUCACAACAGCAAACGGAUCAACAACAACAGGCGGAACAAUUGCAACAGCAAGCAGAUCAAUUACAGCAACAAUCUUCGGUAUCUGAGUUGCAGCAGAUUCAAAUACAAGUAGGUCAAGGAUCUCAGGCACAGAUCCACCAGAUAGCUGUUAGUGAGCAGUCUACGGUUGUUCUUCCAACUGCUGCGGAAACUGGUGCAAUGGCCAUGCUCCAUCAUCAACAACAACAGCAGCAGCAACAGCAGCAGCAGCAGCAGCAACAACAGCAGCAGCAGCCGCAGCAACAGCAGCAGCAGCAGCAGCAUUAGCAGCAGCAUACCGCCCCGAGUCAGCCUGGGCGGUUCUUCCGAUUUAAUCAUCAACAAGCUAGAGGUCGUGCAAGGCAAGGUGUUCUUGCCGAUUGAAUUCUAUAAUCUCAUAGUCAAAUUGGUAUUGUGUUAAAAAAAAUUCGUUGAUGGUGGUUAUCGUUGCCUAGUAGUGGUGUUACAAAAUUGAGACAUUCGCUGUAUCUUUAAAUAAAGAUACUUUUACUGACGAGCCGUCGCAUUUCGAAGUUUGUACACCAUCAGCUUCUUAAGGAAGUUGUAGGCCAGAUUAAUCUAUGAUUAUAAUUACACUGCUGAGCUGACUGACAAAUGAUGUUCAUACGUAUGAUUUUUCAUUUUUGCGUACACGUUAUAGCGUACGUGUAGAAAAGCAAAAAAGAAAAAAAAGAAUUAUGAAGGACGAGUUAAUUUGCUCGUUUAAUUCAAAAUGUUUUUGUCGCUAAUCCAGUUCCAUGACGCAAGUUAGAAUUAAAUAAAGAAGUUUAUAUAUACAUAUAUUAUAUAUAUAUAUAAAUAUAUAAAUAUGAAAAUAUAUUUUUGAAAGCGCGAACUGGAUUCGUCACACAGAAUGCAAUCGAGUUUUCGGCUAAAGUUAAUUUUUUUUCUUUUUUUUUUUCACAAUAAAUAUAGGACGAGAAAAAUACGUAAUGCGUAAGAAACUAAACUAAAAUAAUACACAAGGCAGGGCUGUAAAUACAACCAAUUUACUGUUCACAAAAAGGGAAGAAACUGUCGCGCAGAUAUAAAAUGAAUCCAUUUAUUUAUUCCACUUGUUCUUUACGUGAUUAUAAAGACACGAAACAAGAGUGUAUCGUAAAAACUGUUGGACGAUGAUUAAAAGAAAACUACGUUUUGCGAUAUAAAUUGUAAAGUUUUAUAUUUGUAUCUGCAUCUACACAUUGAUUAGCUAAUGUUUGCUUUUAUGAAAAUAGAUACAUUUUUUACUUUAUCAAUAUAAAUCAGUCUGAGAAAAAUACAUUUAUUAUUACAAAAAUUUCAAAAUAACUAAAUGUAAGUACAUCUGUUAUUUUUGAAUUAAUUUAAGAUUAUCACAAAAUACGAGUGGCUAACUAAAACCGUGUAUUUAAAUUCAGCAAAAAGUAGUUUUACAGCCACUAAUACAUCUAGAGAUUCUAAGCUAGUGUAAUUUAUUUUGUAUAGUAUUUAAAUCGUUUUAUUUACUAAACUAAUAGUUUUUAUGAGAAAACUUUUUAAUUCUCUUCUUUCAGUUGAAUAUACAUAUUUGAAAAAAAGAUUUUGUAUUAUCAUAAAAUGCACAUUUCAGAGCUACAGCAAAUAAUUGUUGGGAAUGAACCAUCAUCCAAUUUAUUAAUCAAUCAUGAUACACUCUCAAGAUCAUUUGAGAAAAAGAUGUAUGUAUACAAAAAGAAUAAUUUUUAUUGCAAGUAUCAUUAUCAAAGGCAAUGGGUAUAACUGUACAAGAAAUAUAAUUAUUAUUUUAUUAUCAUAUUAUUAUAGCUAUUAUCAUAAUCAGUAUGGAUAGUCUAUAAGUCAUUUUCAUUGUUACUUACAUAAAUAUUGGAGAAAAUAGCUAAAAUAAAACAUUUAAUAUAAACAA